AUGACCACCCAGCAGAUGCAAACGGAGCAGACGGGGCCAUUUAAAAUGACCGUGUGGGAGGAGGAGAACUUCCAGGGCAAGCGCUGCGAGUUCACGGACGAAUGCGGGAACAUCAUGGAGAGGGGCUUCUGCAAGAUCCGCUCCGUCAAGGUGGAGAACGGCGCCUUCGUGGCGUUCGAGCAUCCCGAGUUCCAGGGCCAGCAGUUCAUCCUGGAGAAGGGCGACUAUCCUCGCCACGAGGCCUGGAGCGGGAACAGCGGCUACAGGACUGAGCACCUGCUCUCCUUCCGACCAAUCAAAUGUGCUAAACACGGCGACAGCAAGGUGACUCUGCACGAGUGCGAAGACCUCGCGGGGCGCACGUUUGAGAUCUGCGACGACUACCCCUCCCUCCAGGCCAUGGGCUGGUGCAGCAAGGAGGUUCCCUCCAUGAAAGUCAACAAUGGAGCCUGGGUGGCCUACCAGUUCCCUGGUUACCGUGGAUACCAGUACAUCCUGGAGAGGGACAGACAUGAAGGGGAGUACAGAAAUUACACUGAGUACAGCACCCAGGCCCACAGCAACCAGGUGCAGUCGAUCCGCAGAGUGCAGCACUGAUCGCGCCCGAC